ACCUCAGCAACUGGAUCAGUAACGCUAGCUCCCUGAUUAGCCACGUCAUGUAAAGUUAGCAGUGAGCACUUCUGAAAUAAAGACUUCGAGGGGUCGCAGUGUUUUGGUGAUAUUAGCUCAUUUUUAGAAGGGGGGUUUGUUUCAUGGUUAUAACUCGGUCGUAAUCAUAUGGAAAGAUGUCGGAUAUCGGGGACUGGUUCAAAAGCAUCCCUCUCAUCACCCGGUACUGGUUUGCUGCCUCGAUUGUUGUUCCCUUUAUUGGAAAACUAGGAUUGGUUGAUUUCAGGAAUCUCAUGCUGUUUCCAGAGCUGGUCUUAAGCAGAUUUCAUCUCUGGAGACCAGUGACUGCCACCUUGUAUUUCCCAAUUACUCCUAAUACUGGUUUUCUGUACAUGGUCAACCUGUACUUCCUUUACCACUACUCCACUCGACUAGAGACAGGGGCGUUUGAUGGCAGACCUGCAGACUAUGUCUUCAUGCUCUUUUUCAACUGGAUCUGCAUAGUUAUAACUGGGAUGCUGAUGAACAUGCGGCUGCUGAUGAUCCCACUGAUCAUGUCGGUGCUCUAUGUCUGGGCUCAGUUCAACAAAGACACCAUUGUGUCCUUCUGGUUCGGAACACGGUUUAAGGCACACUAUCUACCUUGGGUCAUCCUCGUCUUCAACUUCAUCAUCGGAGGCUCGUUUGUGAAUGAACUGACAGGGAACCUGGUGGGUCACCUCUACUUCUUCCUCAUGUUCAAAUACCCCAUGGACCUGGGAGGACGCUCUUUCCUCUCCACACCUGAGUUCUUGUAUCGGUUCUUCCCUAACCGGAGGGGAGGGGUGUCGGGCUUUGGAGUCCCUCCCAGCAGACCAGCUGCCCCAGAGCAGGCCGGAGGAGGAGGAGGAAGAGGGCGUUAUAACUGGGGCCAAGGCUUUCGCCUGGGGGGUGAAUAAGCAGAGACAAGAGGAGAGAGAGCGCUACACCCCCUCUACCCCCUCCGCUCUUUUGCUCUCCAAAUGGCGUUGCAGUUGAUUGUUUUAGGUUAAAGUGCUUGCUUUUUCUCGUUCUUCCAUUUGAGGAGAAAGACCUUGAUUUAAAAUUGAAUUCACAUUCAUGUUUAGUUUUAAAGGACACAAGACGAUGACAGUUGAGAAAGCACGCAUUUUAACCCCGACAGCAGACUCUGGCCUUAAGCUCAACUCACCAAGUAAAGCCAGCUCGACUAUUACUACUACUGCCCAUGUGUCCACGUGAAGCAGAUAGGAAUAGACCUAUUUUUGUGAUUCUUGAUCGCCCCUCCCCUUAUCUUCUUUCUUUCUGUCCUCUUCUUUUCACCCCUCCUUUGCCCUCCUCUCCUUUCCUCUCUCUCUCUCUCUCUCUCAUGCCAUAUCAGAUUACAUUGUAAUUACCAAGGCACUGGGAGUGUGCUCUCAGCAGAACAUGGGCAAAGCUAUUUAGAGAGCACCAUUUCCAGGUCAGAUUUUACAUGGGUGUAACAUGUUUUUUAAGCCUGUGUGGCACAGAUCUGAUCUUAACCAAAACAGGGUGACGAUGGGACUUUUUUUUUUGUUGUAAAUAUAACAGUUGUUUAUUGAAAGGAUGAGCGAGUCUGAGUGUAAUUAUUGUACUAUCUGUUUCCUCAAUGCAACACUUGGAUUUUCUUCUCUCGAGUCAGUCGAGCACAGCCAAUUAUGUGCCAGUGUGGCUGGUUGAGAAUCACUGACAAUAUACAAUUACGGCUGACAUACUAUUUUCAUCAUUAAUUAAUCUGCCAAUUUGUCAAUUACUUGUUCUAUAAAUAUCAAA